AUGAGGGAGAUCCUCCACAUCCAGGGCGGCCAGUGCGGCAACCAGAUCGGGGCCAAGUUCUGGGAGGUGGUGUGCCACUCCCUCGGCGGCGGCACCGGCUCCGGCAUGGGCACGCUCCUCAUCUCCAAGAUCCGCGAGGAGUACCCCGACCGGAUGAUGCUCACCUUCUCCGUCUUCCCCUCGCCCAAGGUCUCCGACACCGUGGUGGAGCCCUACAACGCCACGCUCUCCGUGCACCAGCUCGUGGAGAACGCCGACGAGUGCAUGGUGCUCGACAACGAGGCGCUCUACGACAUCUGCUUCCGCACGCUCAAGCUCACGACGCCCAGCUUCGGCGACCUCAACCACCUCAUCUCCGCCACCAUGAGCGGCGUCACCUGCUGCCUCCGCUUCCCGGGCCAGCUCAAUUCCGACCUCCGCAAGCUGGCCGUCAACCUCAUCCCGUUCCCGCGCCUGCACUUCUUCAUGGUCGGCUUCGCGCCGCUCACCUCCCGGGGCUCCCAGCAGUACCGCGCCCUGACGGUCCCGGAGCUCACCCAGCAGAUGUGGGACGCCAAGAACAUGAUGUGCGCCGCCGACCCGCGCCACGGCCGCUACCUCACGGCGUCCGCCAUGUUCCGCGGCAAGAUGAGCACCAAGGAGGUGGACGAGCAGAUGCUCAACGUGCAGAACAAGAACUCGUCCUACUUCGUGGAGUGGAUCCCCAACAACGUCAAGUCUACGGUGUGCGACAUCCCGCCCACGGGCCUCAAGAUGGCCUCCACCUUCAUCGGCAACUCCACCUCCAUCCAGGAGAUGUUCCGGCGCGUCAGCGAGCAGUUCACCGCCAUGUUCCGCAGGAAGGCCUUCUUGCACUGGUACACGGGGGAGGGCAUGGACGAGAUGGAGUUCACCGAGGCCGAGAGCAACAUGAACGACCUCGUCUCCGAGUACCAGCAGUACCAGGACGCCACCGCCGACGAAGAGGGCGAGUACGAGGACGAGGAGGAAGGAGACCUCCAGGACUAG